AUGAAUCACUUCCUUGCUUGCCAACUCUCUCUUCCGAUACAGAAAGUGUACAGCGCUGACGUCAGCGGGGUUCUGUCAGUCAUUGCCACGGCCAAACGAGGGAUCAAGGUUUAUGAUCUGCGAAACCCACAAACACCCGUGCGACAGAUCGAGAGCAAUCUCAAGUUUCAAACACGGACAGUGGCUUGCUUCCCCGAUCUAGGGGGGGCUAAAGGCUUUGCUUACGGGUCAAUAGAGGGGCGUGUUGCGCUGCAUUUCGUCGACGAACCAGUGGAUUCCAAAAAUAACUUUUCGUUCAAAUGCCACAGAGAGAGCCCGGUGCCGGCCAAUCAGCACGCCAAGAUAUACUCAGUCAACGAGAUUGGCUUCCAUCCGAAGUACGGCACGUUUUCAACGGCCGGAUCGGACGGCGCAUAUCAUUUCUGGGACAAGGACUCGAAACAGAGACUCAAGGGAUACAGCACAUCUAACAAGUUUGCGGACGGCGUGAUUGCGCCUAUAACAGCCAGUGCAUUCAGUGCUGACGGGGCUAUCUUUGCGUAUGCGUGUAGCUACGAUUGGGGUCAGGGGCAUGCAGCGUUCAAGCCUGAUGUGCACAAACCAGUGGUGUUGCUGCACGGUUUGGCGGAGGCAGAUGUUAAGCCUCGGCCGCGUACUCGUUAAUUCGUUGGUGCGAACGAAGAGUGUGGGGUGUGUAUCUGUGCUGAGGCUGAGGCUGUAUGAACGCAAGCCUCGAAAUGGAUGCAAUCUUCAACUAUAUCAAUGAAUACGGAGGAUCCCGCGAAAAAGUGCAUGAGACUGCAUAUGUAUACGCACCUGUAUUAGUAGCCUACUUUCUCAGGUGUAAUAGAGGGUACGAGUUGCAUCAUAAGCUAUUUUAUACAAAGUGUGCGAAAUAAAAAAUAUACAGUAGUACUCAUACUAUGCCGUUGGAACAAC